AUCCUCCAUCCACCAUGGAAUAGUAUGGCCCUAGCUGGGAUUGUGAGUGAGGCUUCUUUAAACUAAUCUAACUAUUGAACAUGGCUAGUAUAAAGCAGGUUAUUGCUGUGGUUUUAAUGUAUUUUUGCACAUGGAUAAAAAGAAGUUUAGAGCAGAUACAGAGGUGCCUGUACACCAGAAGCAGUUUAAACCGGGUUCAGUUUGGGCAAGCAGAAUCUGAUGUUGUGGAGGAGAGGUCUGAUAUCCUACAGUCAGAAGUCUGGAGAACAAAUCAAGACUACAGGACGUAUCGGCAUCAGAACGAUGGACCGAUGGUGAUGGUGCAAACCAGCACACAUAUUUUCCAUGUGGAUCUAGAGAAGCUUGCAGACUCCAGCGAAUACUUCAAGGCUCUCUCCAACUCCUCCAUGAGAGAGACAUCUGAACAGCUGGUGCACCUUGAACAUGUUCCUGCUCCAGUCUUCCACAACUUUCUACAGUUCUGCUUCCUACAGAGGUUUUGUGUUCCUGACAGCCUCCUUGGGGAACACCUACGGGUGAGCACCUACUUUCUGGCUUCUGGGUUCACCAAUCGUCUACUUACUGCCCUCUCUCAAGCAUUAACAGAUCAGACUUAUAUGGGCUAUAUAGAGCUGGCUGAUGAACUCAGCAGUAAGGAGAUCCUAGAGACUGUGCUAACCUACCUGAGCAAGUAUCUACUGGAGCGUCCACACCUGAGCGAGGGCUUGGAUCCACACCUCAAAGCAGAAAUUGUGAGAUUAAGGUCCAAGGGAACUCCACACUUGUGCUGCUUGAGGAAGGAGAACUUGACCUCAGGGAAUGACCUGGAAACAGAGGCUGCUAGAAUGCUUUUCUGGCUGGAGGAAGACAGGGAUGAUGGGAAAUGGAGUUCUCGCACAGAUCUGCCUUUUUGUGCAGAUAAGUGGUGCUUCACUACAGCAGUUCUCUAUAAUUACCUAUAUCUAAUAGGGGGUUAUAGACACCAAGUAAAGAAGGGAUACCAGUUCAAGAUGGCUUCUUUUCGCUACAACCCUUUUACCAAUCAAUGGGUAUCAACAGCUCCUCUGAUUAAGCACAGGCGUCACUUCAGUGCAGCAGUGUGUGAGGGGAAAAUCUUUGCUGUGGGUGGCUGGUAUCUGGAUUCCCUUGUAACUCCUGACUCCAGCACUGGUGUAUACACUGCUGUGGAGAGGUACGAUCCAUGGACAGAUACCUGGGCAUUCGUUUCCUCCCUUCCACUGACAGACUUUCAGUUCAGCCUGUCCCUGUCUCAUGACUCUCCACUCACAACCAGCCUGGGAAACUGCCUUUUUGUACUGGGAAACAUCCAAAGAACUGGAGAGAAGUUGGUGCUGCGCUAUGAUACUAGACAAGAUUGCUGGUGUGAACUGCUCCCCACACUAACCCGCUCCACUGCAAAUCUCCCCAUCUUGCAUUUCUUGGGUGCUUUCAAUAAUCAGCUGGUUGUAAUUGGUGGGAACAGUUCUGCAACCAUGGUGACCUCUUUCUGCGUAGACUCUCAGAAGUGGGGCCAAAUUAAAGCAAUGGAGAAGACCACUUUACUCGGCCAGGGCACCAUUCUGAACAACAAGCUCUACAUGUCAGGGAUAAAAGACAAUUCUGUAGUUAAACUAAACCUGCAUUCACUGUCUCUCUGUCUUCUACCUCCACUUCCAAUUUCCACCUGCUACGAGAGCCUUUUUCACCUCUACUUCUGAUGUUUAAAUACAAACAAUUUCCCAGAAAUGUACAAAAUCUGCCAAAAGCAGGGAUGUCCAAUCCUGCUCUAAGCAUCAAAGUUCUGCAAUGCUUUCACCAACCUGAUUUCACCAAGUAGGACAUGUUCCUGGAUUAACAUCCAUGUUGAUCCUGGAACAACAUGCCAAUCAGCCAAUCAGAAUUAAGGGAUACAAUUACAGUUUAUGUUAUUUUUAGGCUUACAUUAAGGUUUUUGCACUUCUACAUUAUUGUUAUCCGACUAUUAUUCCUCUCUGAUUGGAAAUAAAUUACAUUUAUGGUUAGGUUUAGGAGUAAGGAAUGGGUAUGGAUUACAUUUUCCAACAAAAUGAUGUUCCAGGAUCAACAUAGAUGUUAAUCCAGGAUCGCAUUGUACUUGGAGAAAUCAUGACUUGCGUUUAGCUUUAUCCUAAUCCAAUACAUCUAAACAAAAUUUAGUGAAGAUGCUGAAGAAGACCUUGAUACUCUUGAAGUGUUUAUUUAGUGUUGGAGUCGAACUCUUGAAAAAUCCCUUGUUUAAAGCAAAGCAUGUUUAGAAUACCUGUUGCAGCCGCAUUAACUUUAUUUGUUAUAAUUACAGUUGAUGAAGAGUGUAUAAUUAUUUUGUUGUGCUUGCUGAAUAUGACUUUUGUAAUAAUACUCAGGAUUAAA